ACAAAAAUAUUUAGUACAACGCUAAAGAAAAACGACUGUGUAUCUCUCGUUUAACCGUUUAAGUAUAUAGGUAAGUACUUUAUAUACAUAAUAUUUAUCAUGUUAUCAUUGCUACUCUAAACGUUUUUUUAAUCGCACACUAUAUACCGGUUAUAAAAUAAAAUACAUUUUACGAAUUUUAAAUUGUAUAUUAGUUGAUGUAUGUACAAUAUAAUAUACCUAAUAGCUGAUUACAGCCUACAAGGAGCACUUACAAAUACAUAAGCUAGUUCUUCGGAGACUUGCACUCCCAGUUCGAAACAUCCUUUGAUCACUUUCCUAAUAUGUUUUUCUUCGAGCAACAUAAUGUACGCUAAGUUAUUGAGAUGAUUGCGUUACCAAACAUGAGUUGCACACAAUGCAAUACAACACAGGUAAUUAGAAUUUCAAAUAUUAUAUUGUUAUUUCCAUAGCAACACGAUUGCCUCAAAGAACAUAAACAAAAAAAAAAACAUAUCCGAUAUACAACAAAAAUCAAUAGAAAAUGACAUAGUUCUCUUUCGUUAUUGUUCAGAAAGUAUAAAGUACCUACUUUAUAUUCAUUUUUUUUUUUUUAUAAAAUAAAAAAUAAUAUGACGGAAACUGCAGUAGACUAAGUGUGGUGAUUGGACCUGCAGUACUUACCUAUCGAAAAAUGGGGUUGUUGUCGAUGCUGAAGCGGUUACGAUCAUCGCCGGACAAGGAGCUUCGCAUCCUGUUGCUGGGUCUGGACAACGCGGGAAAGACGACGUUAAUGAAGAAACUCGCGUCCGAAGACGUUUCGCAUAUAACGCCCACGCAGGGUUUUAAUAUUAAAUCCGUUCAGGCGGAUGGCAUGAAACUGAACGUAUGGGAUAUAGGAGGACAACGUAAGAUAAGACCGUAUUGGCGCAAUUAUUUCGAAUUCACCGACAUACUAAUUUACGUAGUAGACAGCGCAGACAGAAAACGCGUGGAUGAAACAGGAUUCGAAUUGAACGAACUGCUCAACGACGAUAAAUUGGUUGGUGUACCAGUGUUGGUAUACGCCAACAAACAAGAUUUGGCGCUGGCGGCAAAAGCUUCGGAAAUAGCGCAAGAACUGAAUUUGCAUCUAAUUCGCGAUCGGCCGUGGCAAAUACAGGCUUGUUCGGGUAUACGCGGGGAAGGCAUCAAAGAAGGAUUGGAAUGGAUCAGUCAAAAUGUAAAAAAGAAGUAAUAAUGUUAAUUUAUUGAAUAUUUUUCACUCUAAUUACUUUAUAGUUUGUUUCAUAGGUUUAUGUAAGAAUUACUAAUUAG